AUGUCCCCCUGUCCCCGCAGGCACUUCCCCCACCCGUACUACAGCCUUCGGCUGCACAUCCCGGGCUCCAACUCCACGGGUCGGCUGCUGGUGCUGGACACGGUUCUGCUCUGCGGCCACACGGACGAUUUCGGGGCGGGGGGAGCCCCGAGGGGCCCCCGGGACGCGGCGGCGGCGGCGGCUCAGCUGGGCUGGCUGCGGGGGCAGCUGGAGGGGGCGCGGGGGGCCCCGUUCGUGUUGGUGGCCGGGCACUACCCGCUCUGGUCGGUGGCCAAACACGGCCCCACCCCCUGCCUCGUGCGGCUCCUGCGGCCGCUGCUGCUCCGGCACCGGGUCAGCGCCUACCUGAGCGGCCACGACCACAACCUGCAGUACCUGGAGGAGGGGGGGGUUGGCUACAUCCUGAGCGGGGCCGGGAACUUCCUGGAGGACUCUCGGCCCCACGAGGGCUCCGUCCCCCCCGGCUCCCUGCGCUUCUUCUUCGGGACCCCCACGGCCCCGGGGGGCUUCGCCCACGUUCGCCUCGAGCCCUCGGGGGCCACCGUCACCUUCCUGGAGUCCACGGGGCGGGUCCUGUACCGGGUCACCCUGCCCCCCCGGGACGUCUGACCUCUGACCCCCCGGGACAUCUGACCCCUGACCCCCCCGGGACCUCUGACCCCCCAGGACAUGUGACCCCUGAUUCCGACCCCCCGGGACAUCUGACUCUCCUGUGACCCUUGAUCUCAGGGACCCCCCCCCAAGAUCUCUGACCCCUCACCUGGAGGACACUGUGACCCCUGACCUCAGGAAUCCCUGCGACCCCUGACCCUUGACCUUGAGGACCCCUGACCUGGGACCUCCCAUGUGACCCUUGACCUGGGGGACGGUGGGGACGCUGUGACCCCUCCCUGGCCUGGGGGACACAGGGUGGGACCCCCCUGACCUCUGACCCUGGGGACCCCUGUGUCCCCUGACCUCAGGGACCCCCAUGACCCUUGACCUCAGGGACCCCCAUGACCCCUCACCUGGGGGACACUGUGACCCCUUCCCUUACCUGGGGGACACAGGGCUGGAACCCCGUGUCCCCCGACCCCCAAUAAACGCUUUGAACGGCGCCUCCGCCUUUAA